GUCUACUUCAYGCUUCACAGACAAUCGGCGUCUGCGUUAGCUGCAAUACGUCUGUACCGCGUGGUCCGCGUAUUCUAAUAUCCGUCACACAUUUCAUACGAUUAUUCAUACAUACCCGACAAUAUCGUUUUCUCGUCAAGUCGCACUGAGAAAUCAAACGGAACAACUGGAAAAUCGAAAACGACUUCACAAAUCCAGCACAUAUCGUUUCGCGAGGACAGUACGCUGUUGCUGUUGUUUUUUUUUUUGUUUUAUCCUCCAGAGUCCGAUCAUACAACAUCACGGUCUUUGAACAGCCACAAACACAUUUAAUAGUAACAAUGCUCGUUAAAUUCGCAGCUGCAUUGCUUUGGACCGCCGGUCUAACAUGCGGAUCACCAAGCCACGGAGAAAACGAACAAUCAUUUGGUUACGAUUCUGGAGAGCUUGAUCCUUCUCAUUGGGCAACAGAGUAUAAAACAUGUUCAGGAAAAUAUCAAUCACCAAUUGACAUCGAAGAGAAUCUUGUAACGAAAGUAAAUCUACCACUUUUGCGUUUUCACAAUAUUGACACACUUCCCUCGUCAACAACCAUAACAAACAAUGGACAUACAGUGUUUGUUAUUUUGUGGUUUUUAUAUAGCUACCCGAUGGAAUUGCAUAUGGUAUUCUCAAACACGGAUUAUGACGAUGAAAAAAUAGCCUUAACAAGAAAUGACGGAUUGGUUGUUUUAGCCAUGUUCUUUGAAAUAACUGAAGAAGAUAAUCCGGUAUACUCAGAAAUCGUCAACACCUUGGGUCAAAUAAAUAUGCCUGAUCAAUCAUCAAAUUUACAAGUUGGAUUUACAAUUAGAUCUAUGUUACCUGAAUCUACCGAACACUAUUUCACAUAUAAAGGUUCUUUAACUACACCACCUUGUUUGGAAGUCGUUACAUGGAUAGAUUUCAAACAUCCAAUUCAACUAUCUCAUAACCAAGUUCAAGCUUUUCGUAUGUUGCGUUCAAAACAUGGACAACUAACACAUAAUUCUAGGCCUGUACAAGAGUUGUCGGGUAGACCUGUGUGGUAUAACGUAGGUGGCUUUGCGGCUUUGAAUACACCAACUACUCAGAAAAAUACCGCAGCAACAUUAGGUCCAGCUAUUUACAACAUUUUCAUGUUAUUGUGUUACAAAGUCAUUGCACUAACUCUAUUAUAAUCCUUCUAUUAUAUUUAAAACYAUCGUCAACCAUCAACAGAGUUUUGUUAAAUUAUUAAGGUCCAUGAAAAGGAUAAUUACACAUUUACACUAUUUAUUAAUCAAUAUGUAUACACACA